AAAUUUGUUGGGCCCAGAUUGAUUUGUUUGAAAAUCCAACCUUCCAGUUGACCAAGGUCAAUGGAGGUAAAAAAAACACUCCCAAAUAUGUUUUUAACUGAAAUAACGGAAUUUUCAACUGAAAUUAGCUUCAUAACAAACUAGUGCCACCGGUGGCUUUGGUAGCACAACUCCGCAACGCCCUCCACGCCCACCAAAUCUUCUCCUCCCAACCGUGGAAAUGGGGUAUAUAUACCCAUUUCCCACCCAGCACCAUUCACCACCAUCGCCGAUUUCCAUAAGCCUGCAGUGUUUCUCAAACCCAGCAGAGAAAGAGAACCAACUGCUCGCACGCGUGUUAAAUUACCAGUUUACCUUUUUUUACGUAAACAUGGCACGCCAAAUUGUUGUUGUUGCUCUUGUUCUGAUGGCCACCGUGGGUUUGGCUUUUGGCGCCGACGCCCCCAGCCCCAGCGCCGGUGCCGCCGCCACCACAACCCCCAAACCCGGUCUCCCAACGUUUAGUGGUGUGCCUGUUUCCGGACCCGUAGCCGCAGCCGACAAUAACCAAGUGGGAACCAUGGGCGGUGACAGCGGUGAGGGCGCUGCCGCUCCUUCUCCCAGUGGCAGUGCUUCUAGCGAUGGUGUCACCGCGGGCUCUGUUGGUGGACCUGUCUCCGAGUCAACUUUUGGCUCCAUUGAUGGUGGCAAUGCCGAGAGUCCUAAGGCUAGCGCUGCCACCGCCGAACAGCUCUCCGCUGGAGCAGUUGUUGCCGCUGGCGUGGCCGCCUCCUUGUUCUUCUAAGCUCAAGCAGCUCGGUGUAUGCACGUAUGCAUAAUACAUAUCAAUAAUGCUAGGCUCACUACAUUUGUUCGAGAAAAGAGAAAUGAUAUGUUUGUAUUGAUGUAUCAUUAAAGUGUGCCUAGAGUUGAAUAAAUGAAGCAUUGCUACAUCACCAUCCGGCGUAUAAAAAAUUUUCGACAAAUAUGGUGAGUGAAGAAGUGCUCAUAAACCGUUGAGACGGGGCACUUGAAAAAUUCUUUAGAAGUGUUGUGUAAUUGUAAUUUUUCUUUGGGAUUUUGAAUUGACUUAAAAAGAAGGCAUUAUACAUAGAAAAGAAAAGAAAAGAAUUAUGGUUUGUACUUUGUAGAAUGAAUCUAAAUGCAAUUAACUAAAAUCCGAAACGUUUUGAACAAUUGCAAACAAGAAGAACCUUUCGUAAUCCUUCCUAUCCUAUCCUAGGCAACGGCAACCCAGUUCUACUUCUACUACCCAGUCAAGUCAAAUUGAAGCAGAAAAGAAAAUUAUUCAGAAUGGAAUAUCAGAAAACAAACAACAAUAAUUCUCGGGGGAGUGGAGGGAGGGGAGCUGUAAUAAAAGAGAAACAAAAUAUGCAGCCAAAGCUACUAGUCUAUCGACGUGACAUGUGUACACAGAGACUCUAGUUCACAACUCCAAUCCAAUCCCCCAUUAAUUACAAACCACAAGCAGAAAAGAAAACCAGGUCAAACAGAAGGAAGAGGGACUCAUAGUUUCAAAUAUACACAACAAAGCAAUUUGCCAGCGAUAUGCAGCAGGUUAACAACUACAGUGAAUGAAACCAGGUCUCAACUUGAAUACUGUACUGAGAACCAAAGCUUAGAGCCACCUAUUGCUCAAAAGACUAAAUCAUAUACAUGUGGCGGCUAUUUACAGUCGAAAGACUACUAAUUUGAAAUGAAAUGCGCCUUUACGCUUUCAUUGCAAAGUUAUUCCAUCAACUGUAAAUUCACAUCUAGAGUUUUACAACUUCAAAUUGAAUAACCAUGAAAUUUACAACAAAAAUUAUAAUGGCACAGCUCAAACAACAGCAGGACUAGAUCUACUAACUAAUAGAGAAAUUGAAUACAACAACAAAACAGAAAGAAGAAAAGAAUUCAAAUACAGCAAAGACAAUAUGAUGGUCAUUCCAGCAGAGCAUAAUCCUUCAAGGCAUCAUCAAGCAAGUAGUGCCAUCUGGAAGACAUGUAAAUCAAGUGGCUUCCAUUGGGUGCCUCCUUCAAGAAUGAUGCAGCUUCUCAUACACUAAACAACAUGACUAAACACCAAAUCUCCAAUAUACAUUGUCGAGAAACAAUACAAUUUGACUCAAAAUUAAAUAAAAGAAGAAGAAACAGACAAUUUGAUAUCCAUGAAGAAAUGUACAAGUGAAAAUUGUACAUCAGCAGCACACCAUAGACCUCCAUGAAGAGAGAAACAAACCCUAAACAAUUGUUUCAGUCCCAGCUAAUUUACAGUGCAGCAUUCAUUUACAACUCACAACCCCUAAACCCAAGUACACCUUGCGGUUACAUUAUACCCAAAAGAAAAAAAAGAAAAAAAAAAAGGUAAGAUUCUUUACAGGAAGUUGCUUCAACAGAAACUGUGUUGUAUAAAUCUAUGACUAAUUACAAUUUAGCACAGUGGCUUCCUGUUACAAUGUCUUAAUGGAUCAAUCCCAACUCCCUAGUGCAUAGAGCAGACAAUGGAAGUUA